AUGGAUCCAGAUCGGGCAAAAUCUGGCGAACCGCAGGUAGUAUGCAAGGUCCUCGUGGAGAAGCUAGUAAAUGGGGAGGGGCUGAAGCACACCUUGGGGAGAAUCUGGUGUCCGAUCAAAGGGAUCCAGUGCAAGGAUCUAGGAGAGAACCACUUCUUGAUCACCUUCUUUCAGGCGGCGGGGAAAAAGCGUGCCCUAGAGGAUGGCCCAUGGAUGUUUGGGAAGGACUUGGUGAUGGUGAUAGAUUAUGAUGAAACAAAAACUAAAGAGGAGAUGGACUUCUCCUUCAUUCCAAUUUGGGUCCGUGUGUUGAAACUCCCUCUUGGUAUGAUGAAGAAGGCGACUGGAGAGGCUAUUGGGGAGGAGAUUGGCACUUUCAUGACCAUGGAUCUUGAUGAAGAUGAUACGGCUGUUGGGAGAUACCUGCGGAUCAAAGUAAGGUUGGAUAUCAGGAAACCUCUCAUGAGAGGAGUGAUGGUGUAUGUGGGAAAGGAGGAUAAGCCGCUCUGGUGCCCAGUGGAAUAUGAAUACCUACCGGAUUUCUGCUACACGUGUGGAAUCAUUGGUCAUACUGACAAGGUGUGUGAGGUGGAGGUGGAGAGGGGUGAGACACAACAAUUCUCAAAAUACCUGAGAUGUAUGCCGGAGAGGAAGAGGGUGGAGGAGGGUUUUGGUGGACGUUCAGGGGGAGAUCGUUUCGUUCCUUCUUGGAGGAAAUCCGGGGGAAGUAGAGGAGGCAUGACGAGCAUGGGGUGA